CUCUCUGACCUCGGAGCUCGGAGACCCCGCAUUGGACUCCUUUACCCGGUGUGAGAUUCAUGUCUGCAGCGCUAACCGGGACGGCACACGUUUAGACCCACCGGAUACACUACGUUAGCGCCACGCUGACAACUAUGGUAAACAACGGCGAUAACCUCACCUCAAACUACCUGUAAAUCCUCCACAACAUGCGGAACUAACGUCAACAGCAUGCUGAUACACGCCUCUCCAUUCGGUCACUGGUGAGGUUUAUUGCUCAUAAUUUAACUCAAAGGGCUGCUAGUGUUGGUUUCAGUCCGUCACUGGACUUCAUUGUUGUGAUAUUUAAAAACAGCAUGUUCUGCAGGUCAGCUCUGUGCAGUCGCUUCCGGUCCACGCUCUCUUCUCAGGACAGGAAAUGCACGCAAAUAUAGCCUAGAAAAUAAAAUCGUGUACACACUUCCGGUAGAAAACGAAUUGUCGUUGAUUUGAUAACUUGGAUUAUGUUUUGGAAACGUGCUCAGGGUAACAGGUAACCAGUUAGAUCAUCUGCUACUACCAAGCCUGCACCGCCUGCUGCAAAACUCUUGCUCUUCUUCCCCCCCACCCGCUACCCCACCAAAACAGAUUAAGCCUUUAAACUCAGAGGUGAAUGACAUCUCUUUUGAAAACACACAAAUCAGUGGCCAUCAUGGAGACAAUUGAAGCUCAGUGGCCAAACGUCAUCAGCACCAGUACAUGCUUUCUCUGCGAUGACUGUCCCGACAACCUGGAGGCCUUACACCUCCUCCAGCACUUCAAAGCAGCCAAUGGGGAGGCCAUCGACUCGGCCGCUUUGGACCCCUCGUUUGCUGCUCUGCUAAGCGGGGCGGGGGUUGUGCUUGAGGAGCCACCUGUGAACGAUCUCCUCUCGCGCCUCAAGACGUACUUCGCCUCCAACGCCAACCCCAGCGAGAAGGAGCUGACCAAGAUCUCAGAGUCUGUCAGUAUCCAGGUGGAUGUGGUCAGAAAGUGGUUUGCAAAGAUGAACUCUAGAAAACAGGUGGGCCAAGACGCUUCGAAUCAGAAUGGACGUGCAAAGAAGGACAGCUCACAAGCAAUAUCCAACAUAGCCUCAUCAUUAUCUGACAGCGAUUGUGAUGACUCUUCCCAACUCAACCUUGUCAUUGUUAAAAGUGAGCCGGAAGAAGCAGACCCCCUGGGCUUCCAGGCCAAGGUCUCCCUUCCUAAUCAUAUUUCAUCACUGGGAACCACAACGCCUUCCUCCACACAGCAGGAAAAGCUCCCAAAGGGUCAAACCAUCAACCCCCCUCGGAUUGGAAAACAUAUCAACAUCAUCACGGCCGCACAGAUGCGCUUCCUAGCAGCGUCCACCGGUCAGAGCACCGUGCGCUGUCUCAGCUCCAUCAACACCACAGCAACACGCACCAUCCUCCUCCCAGACAUCGCCCGCACCUACGGCGUUUCUGCCAUGGUCAUCAACUCCACUGGAGCAAAGGCCUUUGCACUCACAAACAAUAAGGAAAAGAGGCUGGGCAGCGGCUCUGACGGCGUGUCCACUGCGGUGGAGAAGACUGCUCCACGUUCAGUCAAACGGAUGAAGAAGCAACGGCUGGAAAAGGAACUGCACUCAUGUGACCUUUGCUCCAAAGUCUUCAACAAGGUCUGCAGUCUGAUCAGGCACAAAUAUGAACACACAGGAAAACGACCCUUUGAAUGCAACGUCUGCAAGAAGACCUUCAAACACCAACACCACCUGACCGAACACUCCAGGCUGCACUCCGGGGAGAAACCCUUUCAGUGCGACAAGUGUGGGAGGCGUUUCUCUCACUCGGGCUCGUACUCCCAGCACAACAAGAGCCGCAUGACCAGAUGCACGAAGAUCCAGUCAGACUCCGAUCCGGUUCGGGGCCUCGCAGAUUGUCUCUCGGCAGACCCGCAUGCACCGCAGUUUGACGCUCGGACUAUGACCCACACUGGACUCAGAUGAGAGAGAGAGAGGUAUGAGAGAAAGCUCACUACUUCUUCUGUGACGUGAUGGAGAUCCAGCUGGAGAACGACAGGUGAGACAACAAAACCUGCAGAGGAAGAGAUGACAAACGGCACAUUUAAAGAUAGUCUUUUGGAUUAAAGUGGAGCUAGAAUGAAGUCACCGCUGUCUAAAAAAAAAAGCCCACAUGUGCAGGAACUUGAGAAAACAGAACAGUGCCUUUUUUUUGGUGACAAUGAAAUGGAAUUUAUUUUUAAAGGGGGACAUAUUUCAAAGCAGAACUCACAAAGCACUGUGUUAAAUGUCUCAUUUGAUCUAUCUCCAGGUAAACAUUAAAACCAGACUCCAGCACACCUGUUUAUAAAACUUCAAACUACCCAUAAAUUAGGAAGAGAAUCAAACUGAAUUUAGUUCUGUAUCAAAAGCAAAAUGAAGAACAUAUCACCGGGUGGCGCUAGAAGACCACCCGACCCAGAAUUGAAGUCUGAAGACCACAAUCAGCGCUAAUCAUUCGUAGUUAAUUGAGUUUUGAUUAUAUAUUUGCACAUCUAGUGUCAUAGUGUAUAUUUAAUGAUAUAUCACAUAAUGAAACGUUUCUUUGCUACUACUUUUACUUUUUAUACUAAUUCUUAUUGGACUUUUCAACAGAAAUGAAUGUGCUUGUCCCGAAUAGAACCAGUAGGUGGCAGUGGAGGUCUGACGUGUUGCUUUUAUUAGCUUCAGGUUUGAUCUGACAACCCUCUCUGGAAAAAGUACUCCGAUAUUUUCAGACCUUGAUGGACGAGACGCCUACAGCCUUUUAUCAGAAAGUGAUUCAGUUAAAAAUGUGAAAGACCCUGGAAUGAAAUAAAUACAGAGCCAUCAUUUGAUUAGAGAGCGUGCUACAGUUGCCUGAGCCUUUUCUGUAAGUGGCUGGUGUUUAAGUUAAGAAGAAACGUUGGUGUUGGAGAGGCCCUGUUAUGCUUAUAGGUUUUCUCUUUCAUGUGUUGUAUAGGUUUGUUGGCAAAGGAUAAAAUCCCAAAGUUGUGCAUGUCUCUCCUCCAGUGUUGGUAUCGGCAGUAGGGGUUGCCAAAGGGAAUUAAAAACUCAGCACAUAAAGGAAAACACAACUUUUUAUUUUAAAGUCAGAGAUAUACGAGCUAACCAAACAACGUUCCCUUUAAUCGACCUUUUUCAUGUUACCCCUUAAAGCACAGGUAGUCAACUCACAGGUGGGUUCACUUAUGCUGUAAGUACAUUUAGUCCUCAGAAGAUGUGUUGUGAUUGACACUUCAGGGUGAGGAACUCCCUCUCUUCUUAGUUCAUGGAGUUUAUUGACAUGUGACUACAGCUACAGCCAACUUCAACCUGGCGACGGGUUGAACCGGCCAGAGGUGUAGAAACCCUCUUCCCUAGAGAAAUAUAGAGUGCAGUACUUUGGGAUUUUAGUCUUUGCAGACCAUUUACUUGCACAAAAAUCUGUAUCAGUUUUAAUAGUUGGUAGCACACUGACAGGUUACUUGAAAUCACUCUUUAGGCUAAUUUAAAUAAUGUUCCUUUUCUACAUUUGACCCCUUUGGACUAGUGUCUACCCUUCUUGCAGUGGGAGGUACUAUAAACUGUGCACAUGAGCUUUAGUCUGCAGUCUGACCUUUUUUGGUAGUUCCUCAUAGCGAGCCAUCUACACCACAAGACACUCCAGCGUUAUGAAGAAUGUGUGCGUAUGAGAUAAAAAGGGGCGGGGCUACAUGGGGUGAAUAACCGUGGAAGAAGCUGGCCCCUCCCUGUCAUUUCUUGAUAGGACAGAUAACCGGUAAGGAGUUAGAAUAAGGUCAUACCUGGACUUUAAUCCUCUCUGCCGCUCCCCUUUGUAAUUAAACAAACUCUGGUGUUCACUCUGAGCAUCGAUGUUGAUGCCUGGGGUGAUUUAUUGUGAGUGUAUCCUGGAGAACCCAUCAGGAGAAAGGAGAUAAAUAAAUGAAAGAGCCUUUGCAUGUCCUCCUGUGGUUAAACGUGAACAAAUGCAUAAAAUAAACAAGCACUUUAAUACCUCUUCA